CAACCAGCUGAACCAAGACAGAGGCAGACACGGACCACCGGAUGACACACGAUCUGCACUUCAACUAAAAUUUCUGUUUUCUGCCAUCGUCGUUUUGAUAACCGUGUGUGUUGAAAUGGAGACAGAAAUCACAGAUUUCUCGGGCAAAUGGAAAAUGAAAUCCUCGGAGAAUUUUGAAGAACUUUUGAAGGCAUUGGGUGUGAAUGUGUUCCUGAGGAAGAUUGCGGUGGCAGCGGCCUCCAGCCCCUCAGUGGAAAUCACCCAGCAGGGAGAGAGUCUGUCCAUCCAGACGUCCACCAGCGUCCGCACCACUCAUGUUUCCUUCACCGUCGGGCAGUCCUUCAACGAGACCACGGUGGAUGGACGCCCCUGCACGAGUUUUCCAAAGUGGGAGACAAGCAGCAAGAUCAGCUGUGAGCAGACUUUGCAAAAAGGGGAUGGACCCAAAACAGCUUGGACCCGUGAACUUACCAAUGAUGGAGAGCUCAUACUGACUAUGAGCGCUGGGGAUGUUGUGUGCACCAGAGUUUAUGAGAGAGAAUGAGCAACUUCCGGGACUGUUACACAGUACUUCUGUUUUGUGCCUCAUGUAUGGUUUACAUUUACUCUUUCAUUCUUCCCAGCAGUCAGAUUUUGGUCAAAUCUUGUCAAACAGCACACUCUGGGGAAAGGCAUCAGUUUACAUGAACGUAUGCUGGCACUGUAAUUGCUUGUUUUAUUGUACAUCUUACUGCUCUUCCACCAAAGCUGCAUUUACUCUUUAUGUAGCACAUAGAGAUGUCAUACAUUCCUUGUUUUUACAACUUUGUUACAGUAUC